GCGUAGGGUAGGGCCGCGGGCCGCAGGAGCGGGCGCGCCCCCGGAAACAUGGCGGCGGCGGACCUUUCCCAGGUCCCCGACGUGGACAUCGAUCCCGACGGCGUGUUCAAGUACGUGCUGAUUCGGGUCCACGCGGCCCCGGCAGGGGAGAGCAAGGAGAUCGUGCGCGGCUACAAGUGGGCCGAGUACCACGCCGACAUCUACGACAAGGUGUCCGGCGAGCUGCAGAAGAAAGGCUAUGACUGCGAGUGCCUGGGAGGCGGGCGCAUCUCCCACCAGAGCCAGGACAAGAAGAUCCACGUGUACGGCUACUCCAUGGGAUACGGGCGCGCCCAGCACUCCAUCUCCACGGAGAAGAUCAAAGCCAAGUACCCCGACUACGAGGUCACCUGGGCUGACGACGGCUACUGAGGCCCACUGAGGCCUGCUGCCUCCAGCUGCCCGUUCAGGACUCUGCCCUUGAAGCCCCCUCCUGCGGGGCUGGGCUGCACUCCUGGUGCUGUGCCACCCUGCCCAGACCUUGGAGCUGGACACCAGCCUGGUCCCACUAUCUGGGUUUGCCUCACCCACUGGAAUUAAAAGCGUUGUCACCCCA